CCUCUGUUUAGAAAUUUUUUUAAAACUAAGUUUAAGGAAGAUAAUUUACCCAGUUCUUCCGUUUUGCGCAAAAAAUAUGUUCAAGUUAAUUUUGAUAAUGCAUUGAAUUUUAUAAGAAAUGAAAUUAACGAUAAACCUGUGUGUUUUUCAGUUGAUGAAUCAACUGAUACGAAGGGGGCGCUAUAUUGCAAAUUUUAUAAUAGGAGCAUUAGAUAAAAAUAGAUUUAUUAACGAUUCGUUAACAAAUUUUUAUUUACCUAAACAAGUGCCUACAAACAAUAUUUUAUUAAUGGUCACUGAUGCUGCUGCAUACAUGGUAAAAGCAGCUGGAAACCAAAAAAUAUUUUAUACGAAUUUAAUCCAUUGCACAUGCUUAGCACAUGGUUUAAUAGGGUUGCUGAGACGGUUAGGAAUUAAUUUCCACUCGUAUAUGAUUUAAUUAAAAAUAUUAAAAAGGUUUUUGUAAAAGCUUCUCUUCGGGUUCAAUUUUAUAAGGAUCGUUUGCCAGGAAUUUCAUUGCCACCAGAACCAGUUUUAACAAGAUGGGGCACUUAGUUAAACUGUGUUACUUUUAUUGCGACAAAUUUUAACGAAAUUAAAGAUGUCAUCUGCGACUUUGCAAUUGCAAUUAAAAUAUUCAUCGAUAUUUUUAACGAUCUUAUAGUUUACACCCAUAUUGUUCACAUUCAAGCAAAUUAUACAUGCAUAGCCACAACCAUAACUUAGCUUGAAUCUCGACGUAUGGCAUUAUUUGAAAGCAUAAAAACAGUUAAAAAUUUAAAAUCUUUUAUUGAACAGUCUGUGUUAAUGGAAAAUAAUGUUACACGAAAAUUUACAUCAGUUUUACUAAAUAAUAAAGGAUUCCAGACAUUAGAGGGCAUAAAUAAUGUUUUAUCUGGCAACUUUAAUAAUGAAUUGGAUUAAAAUAUUUCACCACUUUUAAUUUCAAAAUUUAAAUAUGCACCUGUAACGUCUUGUGAAGUGAAAUGUUCAUUUUCGAUGUACAAACGUAUUUUAAGUGAUAGAAGGCAAUGUUUCACUAUUGAAAACAUUGAAAAAUAUUAAAUAACUUACUGGUUUUAUUCUAAUAUUAAUAAUUAGAUAUAAUUGAUAGAAAUGUAAAAUCAUCUAAUCA